UAGCAUAUGAGUUAUAAAUUUAUUUAUAGCCCCCCAUUCUGCCGUCCGAGAACCAAAACAAAAAAAACCCCACCAUUUGAAAUGAAUAUUAUUUUCUUUUGAACACGGUCCCAAAAACUUCUGACUCCCCCAACCUUCUUCCUUGUUCUCUUCCUAUUAUCCCUAUCUGUCUUUGACAGAGAGGGCAAGCCUCCAUUGGAGCCUUUUAAAGCUCCGAUUCCUCGAAACAAACACUCAAAUCCAAUUCAAUCCAAUCACCACCAAAAACCCAGAUGAAGCGGUACAGGAAUGGCGAAGUCUGGGACUUUGAGAACCAAAUGCCGGUGGCCGCCGGCGCCGGAGACGUCAUCUUGGGUGUAGACGGCGGCACCACCUCCACCGUCUGCAUUUGCAUGCCGAUUUUGCCCUUCUCUGACCCUCUCCCCGACCCAGUUCCCGUUCUUGCUCGAGCAGUCGCCGGUUGCACCAACCACAACAGCGUUGGCGAGGCUGCUGCAAGGGAAACAUUGGAGCAGGUGAUGGCUGAAGCGCUGGCCAAGUCCGGUUCGAACCGGUCGGCGGUUCGAGCUGUUUGUUUGGCGGUUUCUGGUGUCAACCAUCCCACUGAUCAGCAGAGGAUAUUAGAUUGGCUUAGGGAUGUAUUCCCCAGCAAUGCAAGGUUGCAUGUUCAUAAUGAUGCUGUGGCAGCUCUAGCUUGUGGGACUUUGGGAAAACUUCAUGGGUGUGUUCUAAUUGCUGGCACGGGGACCAUUGCAUAUGGGUUCACAGAAGACGGUAGAGAAGCUCGGGCAGCUGGCGCAGGACCUACCUUAGGUGAUUGGGGAAGUGGUUACGGAAUAGCUGCACAGGCAUUAACCGCUGUGGUAAGGGCCCAUGAUGGUCGUGGUCCACAUACAAUGCUUAUGUCUAGUAUUUUAGGGAAGCUUGGUCUUUCUUCUCCAGAUGAACUCAUCGGGUGGACCUAUGCAGAUCCAUCUUGGGCUCGCAUUGCAGCACUUGUUCCAGUUGUUGUAUAUUGUGCAAUUGCUGGUGAUGAGGUUGCAAAUAAGAUCUUGUUUGAUUCAGUCGAGGAGUUGAGAUUGAGUGUGAAAGCUGUUGUUCAAAGACUUGGCUUGUGUGGUCCAGAGGGAAAAGAUUCUUUUCCCCUUGUCAUGGUUGGCGGUGUUCUUGAUGAAAAUAAGAGGUGGGAUAUAGGAGAGGAAGUCAUUAAAUGCAUCUCCAAGGACUACCCCGGGGCAGUUCCUAUUAGGCCGAAGGUAGAGCCUGCAGUUGGAGCAGCAUUGGUAGCAUGGAAUUUUUGCAUGAAAGAAUCUCUUGAGAAUGCCUUCAAAAGCUGACUCCGACUGUUGUUGAUUUUAUAGUUUAUGAAUUGUAUAGUGGAAAGGAUCAAUGAUGAAGUGAAAGGAAAACAAGCUGCUCGAAAUUGAAAAUGAAAUCAUCAUCAAUAUAUAAAUUCUUUUGGUUAAGAAAUCAAUCUGAAGUGUUGGUAGGCUAAUUCUAUGAAUA